CUUCAAAUCACUUCAAAUUCGCUUCAAAUCAACCCUCUUCGAUUUUGCGAGCAGAAGCAGAGGACCACGCCCCCUUAUUGAGAAGAUCACAACAUUUUGCCUGGACAAAAAGAAAAUUCUCCAGGCUUGCGAAAAUUUUUCCCAGAAAUGGCGCAAGCAGAGGAGCUGCACGACAUUCCGAGCGAACUGUCGUUCAAACCGCAUACGUUCAUCGGUUUGUUCGGCUUGGACAUUUUGAACAACGCAAGUCAUAGAGCAAUAUGGGACGCGUUCAUAAACAUACGGAGGCAUGACAAAGUUUCAGUGCACUACAAGUUAUUCACACCCGAGAAUGUCCUUCCACCAACAAAGCCGAAAAGGCAUUCUUACGAGUGGUACAUUCCAAAAGGGAUCCUCAAAAGAAACUGGAUGUCCAAGUACUUGUAUUCAAUUCCUUCUGUGAUGGUAAUCUUUUACGACCUCGAAUGGAAUGACCCUUUCUGGAAUGAGAGGACUUUGGAAUGUGCUUCCAGGGUUCAAUCUGUUAGGGCUGCUUUGGAAGGGCGAACAACAAAGAUUGCCGUAGUCCUUAUUCAAAAUGGACCAACCAUUCCAACAGUCGACGAGGCCAUUACGACCGAGCGAGCGUCCAGCCUAUGUGCUGUUUGCGAGCUGAACGCCAAGAACUUAUUCCUGCUUCCCAACAAUGAGCACCUUCAAGGCUAUUCCUUGAGACUGGAAAAUGCCUUCUACGAUUUGGCCCAGACGUUCUACCACCAGAAAGUACGAACCAUUCGGAGUCACAAAGAUCAUCUGAACAAGACGACGCACCAGUAUCUCUUCGUCAGGCACCAGUUCAAGAUGGGAUUCUUGAACGAACUCAAGCAAGACCCUGCAAUAGCAAACAAGCAUUACGCCCAGGCCUACAGUCACUUGCUGGACAUUCGGAUAGUGGACACCAAUGCUCUUGAAAUCAAGACGGCCGCCAGUUUCAUCAACUUCAAAUUAUGUCAAAUCGCAUUUUCUCUGAACACGCCCCGAGAUGCCAUAUCUCAUUUCCGCAAACACGUAGAAAUAUUCAAAUCAGUCGUCGGAACCGCUGAUUUGUCGUUUGAGCACUAUUCGUGGCUGUCAAAACAAUAUCUUAUUUUUGGAGAAAUUUUCAAUGAAGCCAUUGAACAAGGACUGCCUGCAGUGCAGACGCAGCACCCUGGAAUUUAUUUCCAACAAGCGGCUCAAUACGCCGUCAAACGCAGAGAGGCUUGCCAAAACUUUCCUGAAACGACCAGCUACCCUCAUCCUGACCCUCUGGACGGGCAACAGGAUCUGGAGUUCUACGGUCAGAGGCCUUGGCGCCCAGGAAAACUAAGCGCUGAGCCUCUGGAUGCUUUCAAAGAGAAAGAGGCAGUUUGCGCAUUGCAAAUCAAGGAGAGUGCUGUCAAUCAUUCGAUGCUUAUUAUAUCCAUCCUUGGCAAAGCCAUCACUCAAGCCAAAACUUACAGAUGUCAUCGAACGAGAAGACAGCUAGUUGUUUGGAUGGCUGAAGAGUACUAUCAUACCAAGGAUUUCAAGAAAGCUUUGGCUUUGCUGAGUCACAUGCUGUGGGAAUACAGAGGAGAGCAGUGGUCGUCGCUGCUUUCAAACGCUUUACUCAAAGCUUUGGACUGUGUUUAUCAGUCGCCAAAUGUAUCAGAAUAUGUUUCAUUAGCACUUGAAGCGCAAGCUCCAGCAGUGGCAUUAGAAGCCGAUCUAAAGAAGUUCCUCUUUCAAAACACGAUAAAACUUCUUAAGGGUGACAUGCCAGUUGCACCCGAUGGAAUUUCCAUCAAUGAAAAUAAUGCGGCUCACUGGAAAGCUGCGAUUGCCGCCAACAUUGAAAUAAAACCUUUGUCGGUGGAAAUGAGCAACAUUACUUCAUUCCUGGAAGUCAAAGCGUCAUUCACUAGAGAGUCAUUCCAUACCAACGAGUCACUGCCUGUGAAAGUAAUUAUAAGAAGCAAAUGUGUCCAUGAUGUGCCUUUGAGCAAAGCGACAUUAAUCAUUGAUAGCGCUUCUCACAGCAUUGAACUCGAAGUCAAACCUGGCAGCAAAGAUUUGGCAAAGCUGACGUGUGGCCUAAUUAAAGAGUUCACCUGCAUGUUUUGCGUCAAAGAAGAUGACGUCGGCAAGGAGUUUCACAUCCGUUCUAUAAAUAUUUGGAUGGGAAAUAGCCCUGAAGAAAGUGUGAUUCUGAGGUACCUUGCGCAAGACAAUUUGAAAAGCAAGGAGAUCGAGCUAUUUGGGUCUAACUCAAAAGAUAUCUUCAUGUUCGAGAACUUCCCCCAACACAUAAAAUGUAAUGUGCUGGGAAAGAAUGCGCACUUGGAGAUCAGUUGCUCGUAUCCGACUCCGGCACUUUUGGGAGAGUGGUUUCCAGUUUCAGUGGAACUUGAGAACAACGAGAAGUCAAUUAUCUCAUCUUUGAUUGUCAAAGCUUCCCUCUCAGAUGCAGCAAAAGACGAUAGCAUGCACGAACAAGCAUCCUACUUAUGUAUCGACCCUUUGAAAGAAACUUCUGGUCACAACACAUCCAUUUCAAUAGAGCAAGGAACUUUGAAAGAAAAUACCAAGUGCUCAUUUUCUUUCCAUUUCAAAUCACUUUUGCAAGGAACUAAAGGCGUUGCUUUAAGUGCUUGCUAUACGCUAGGAACGAGCACAAAAUGUGAAACAAACAAAAUAAUUAACAUUGAUGUUGUGAAGCCAUUUGACGUUGUCACAAAUUUUCUUGCGCCAAAACUGGAUCCAGCAACAAGGGCAAAUACAAAGGAAUCGUUUGUCCUCAUGCUCGAGUUGCGUUGCUUAUCCCCCUGGCCCUUGUUGAUUGAGAGCACUAAAUUAGAAUUGGCUCCCCAAAUCACCUGCGUUGAUAAAAACAUAAAAUCAUUACUAGAAAAUGAAACUCUGAGCACUGAAGAAGUAGGAACGGAAGCGUUUCAUGUCACAAUUGAAACAGAGCGAGACCAACCGCUGUCUGCGGGAUUGUAUUCUGUGUGUUGGAGGCGGCAAUGCAUCAACAGUGUUUUGGCAAGCAGCAGCAUCGUUUUGCCAACUUUAUCGAGGGUCGACCCUGCUCCCCUAUUUGUCGAAUUGGAGUUGCCUGCAAACGGCUGGGUCGGGUCGCCCAUGGCUGCGUUGUAUAGGAUUCACAACAGAACUGAUCACCUCCUCGAAGUUGAAAUGAGUUUGCAAGCUAGUGACGCCUUCAUGUUUUCUGGUCAGAAACAAAUGAAGCUACGGUUGAUGCCUAGCGUAGUUUACACAUUUGCAUACAAUUUGUACCCUCUGCUGUCUGGUCUCGUCGCCCUGCCUUUGCUGAAAUUGACACCUACUGAACUUUCAUCUGACAUUAAAGCAAGCCAACUCUCAGAUUUGCUUGAAAGAUCAUUGCCCUCUCAUAUUUAUGUCAUGCCCAAGGCAAAGGGAAAGUCGGAGAUCUCAAAUUGAAGAAACCGAAAGAGCCGCAGCAAAGUUUGCAGAAAUACAUUCUCGCCAAUCAACCUUCAAAUUUAUUGAAGAUUCAUGGUUAAAAAUAUUACCGAAAAAAAUUUGAUUUAAAAUUAUCUAUGACCUUUUAAAUUGGUUUUGUCAUUGUGAUCAUAUAGCUUUUUCAAAGAAUUCAGAUUUUAUUAUUAAAUUUUUUAGCCCUGUCAAUUGAAGUUAUGUAAAUAUAUUAUUUGCUUUUGCUACCAAUAAAGAGCUUCAUCUUUA